AUGGCUUCAAACCCGCAGAUGGAGCUCGAUCCCAAAUACGACCACUACGACUUCCCAACCACGGCCCCCGAGUCGAAGUCGGGUCACCCAGGCCACACCACAAAGGAGCAAGAUGCCGCCGUCCACCAGCUGCGGAUGACGCUGGAGCAAGCUGGCUAUCAUGACCGACUGGACACCCUGAGCAUGCUUCGUUUCUUGCGGGCGAGGAAGUUCAACGUGGAGCUGGCGAAGCAGAUGUUCGUUGACUGCGAGAAAUGGCGCUCAGAGUUCGGCGGCGGUGUGGACAACCUGGUGCGCACCUUCGAGUACAAGGAGAAGGAGCAGAUGAUGCAGUACUACCCGCAAUACUACCACAAGACGGACAAGGAAGGCCGACCGGUCUAUAUCGAGGGACUCGGCAAGGUCGAUCUCGAGGCCAUGCGCAAGAUCACCACCGACGAGCGAAUGCUGGAGAAUCUGGUCUGCGAGUACGAGAAGAUGGUCGACCCGCGUCUCCCGGCCUGCAGUCGCAAAGCCGGUCAGCUGCUCGAGACUUGCUGCACGAUCAUGGACUUGAAGGGUGUAGGGCUCUGGAAGGCGAAAGACGUGUACGGAUACGUGCAAAGGGCUUCCGCCAUCAGCCAGAACUACUACCCUGAGCGAUUGGGCAAGCUCUACGUUAUCAAUGCACCAUGGGGCUUCAGCGGAGUCUUCUCGGUCGUCAAGAAGUUCUUGGAUCCGGUUACGGUUGCGAAGAUUCAUGUGCUGGGUGCGGGUUACCAGAAGGAAUUGCUGGAGCAGGUGCCGGCGGAGAACCUGCCGAAGGAGUAUGGUGGGAAGUGUGAAUGUCCAGGUGGAUGCCAGCUCAGCGACAAUGGGCCAUGGCGUGAUCCGGCCUGGGCCAAGCCACCGGCGUGGGCAAAGAAGAGCGAGAAGAACACGAUCCCGGCCACCGAGUCUCAUACUGGUGAAGGCAACCCGACUGGCGUGGAGGGCCAGACCGGUGAGGCUCCAACGCAGACGCAGAGUGCAGGGCAGCCGGCCCCAGCGCCUCAGUAA